GAACACGGAGCAGCUCAUUCAAAAGGCUGCAUCUGCGGGCGCUACGAUCAUCGCCAGCAAAGACUUCCACCCGCCCAACCACUGCAGCUUCGCUGGGGAGGAGAAUUGCCUGAAUCAAAAGGACAAGCACGAGGGAACUGCCAAAGAGAGGUAUGUGAACGACUUUCCAAGCCACUGCAGCUUCGAAUGGACGAAUGGCACGGCUGUCCCGCAGAAGGCUCCGGAAACGCCUUUCUGCAAAUUCAUGGACUCCAUCGAGGUGAAGGUGCCGUUCUGCGGGCAAUUUGACUUCGUCGGUACAGACUUCGACCCAGCUUUGGCUGAGGCGCUGUCUGGGGUUGACCGCAGCCAGGUGGAAGUCGUCUUCAAAGGCNNAGUGCCAUGGAGCACCGCGAAACGCAAGAAGGUGCCAUGA